AUGAGCAAGACUACUGUUGGUGAGUCUGCUACCACAAAGAAGGAUCUCAACGAGUUUGAGCAACACUACUUCAGCUCAUACGAUCAUUAUGGGAUUCACGAAGAGAUGCUUCAGGAUACCGUUCGUACUCUAUCUUACCGGAACGCUAUCACGCAAAACAAAGAUCUAUUCAAAGACAAAAUUGUACUAGAUGUCGGCUGUGGUACCGGUAUUCUUUCUAUGUUCGCUGCGAAGAACGGGGCCAAGCAUGUUAUCGGUGUGGAUAUGUCCAGCAUAAUCGAAAUGGCGCGCGAGAUCGUGGAGCUCAAUGGCUUCUCUGACAAAAUUACACUAUUGCGUGGUAAGCUAGAGGACGUCAAGCUACCUUUCCCAAAGGUUGACAUCAUCAUCUCGGAAUGGAUGGGAUAUUUCUUACUUUACGAAUCUAUGUUGGACACAGUCCUAUGGGCUCGUGACAACUACCUGGUUGAGGGCGGGUUGAUCUUCCCGGACAAAUGCUCGAUCCACGUCGCAGGUAUUGAAGACUCUCAAUACAAAGAUGAAAAGCUGAACUUCUGGCAGGACGUGUAUGGCUUUGACUACUCACCUUUCGUUCCCCUGGUGAAGAAAGAGCCACUAGUUGACACAGUUCAGCACACUGCUGUGAACACUACUAGAUCAAAGCUUAUUGAGUUUGACCUGAAUACCAUCACUGUCGCGGACCUCGCGUUCAAAGCCAAGUUUAAGGUGGAGGCUAAAUCUCAAGACUUUAUCAAUGGGAUUAUUGCUUGGUUCGAUAUCGAGUUUCCUGCCCCUGAGGGCAAGAAGCCCGUAACCUUCUCUACUGGAGCACACGCCCCUUACACUCACUGGAAACAGACGGUGUUCUACAUGGAAGAUGACCUUGAAUGUGAAAAGGGUGAAACCCUGGAAGGUGAAAUCACUUGUGUUCCUAACAAGACCAACAACAGAGACCUAGACAUCAAGAUCGCGUACAACUUUAAGGCGAGUGGCUCUGACGCUAAUACAAGGUCAAAGAAGAAUGAAAACUUCUAUUUGAUGCAUUGA